AGUUUGGCCAUUCUACAUGAUCAAGGCGAUGCCGAUUCUCACCAUUUCUGUUUUUUGGGUUACUCUGGGGGCCUUCAGUGUGUUUGCUGAAGAUGGACCUCCAGUAAGUUGUUGUCUUAGUCUUGGACACACCAGACCACCUUUGAAAAGAGUAUUGGACUACAGAAAUCAAACUAAACCGAUGUGUCCCAUAGGAGCAGUUGUGGUUUGGAUGGUAUCUGGGAGAACACUGUGUUUGGAUCCUAACAGUGACUGGACAAAGAAGGCUAUUUUGAAGGUGGAUGAAGAGAAGAAAAGUAUAGUCAUUAAGAACAAAGAGCAGGAUCCUGAAAAAAAAGCAACAGCAGAGGGUAAAGGAGAAAGGCCUCCUCCAGUUACAGCAACCAACCUGCCAUUGAACAGCCGGUUGAAGAGAGAAUAAAUAAUUUUAGUAACACCAAGACAGAGGGGAUAUAAAGAGGAAUUAAAAGAUAACCACAGAAGCUCACAAGGGGAACAAAGGGAAAAGAUCAGGAUGAGGACCUGCAAAUGGAAAGGAAAAAGUGU